UUUAGCUAAUUAGCACUAUUGUUAUGAUCUCAAACACAAAGAGGCUUCAAAUUUUUGUUCUUUGCUAAUUAUUACUAUCGUACUUUAUAUAAGGGGAAAGACAAACUAACCAAAAAUAUAUAGAACCUUUUAAGAUUUCUAUAUAUUGUUCUCUUAAUGAUGAAGUUCCCAACUUAUUCUUUUUCCACUUCAAUUUGCACUGCACUUCUCUUCCGUUUGACUAUAUUAUGUUUAGCUGUUUUCUACCAAACAAAAGCUGCUUUGAAACUGCCACCAAAUGCUUCAAUUCCAGCAGUGAUUGUGUUUGGAGAUUCCAUCAUGGAUACGGGAAAUAAUAACAACAUGACAACACCCUCUAGGUGCAAUUUCCCUCCAUAUGGCAAAGAUUUUCAAGGAGGAAUUCCAACCGGGAGAUUUAGCAACGGAAAGGUUCCAUCAGAUCUUAUAGUUGAAGAAUUGAGCAUUAAAGAGUAUUUGGCAGCAUAUUUGGAUCCAAAUCUCCAUCCUAGUGAUUUGGUCACGGGCGUUAACUUUGCAUCCGGUGGUGCAGGAUAUGAUCCUUUGACAUCAAAAUUAGAGCAGGCAGCUAUAUCUAUGUCUGGGCAGCUAGACUUAUUCAAAGAUUACAUUGUGAGGCUUAAAGGAGUUGUUGGUGAAGAUAGAACAAACUUGAUCUUAGCCAAUAGUGUUUUUUUUGUGCUAUUAGGAAGCAAUGAUAUUUCUAACACAUACUACUUAACUCAUUUGAGACAAGUGCACUAUGAUUUUCCUACAUACUCUGACCUUUUAGUCAACUCAGCUUAUAAUUUUUACAAGGAAAUAUAUGAACUAGGUGCAAGGAGGAUUGGAGUAUUCAAUGUGCCACCAAUUGGGUGUGUGCCUUUUCAAAGAACAAUAGCUGGUGGAAUAACAAGAAAAUGUGUUCAAUUGUACAAUGACGCAGUUGUGCUCUUUAACAACAAAUUAUCAAUGGGGAUUGAUUCCUUUAAGCAGGACUUCCCAAGUAGCAAGAUUGUUUACAUGGAUAUUUACAGCCCUAUACUUGAUAUCAUUCUAAACUAUCAAAAAUAUGGAUAUAAAAUUGGAGACAGGGGGUGUUGUGGCACAGGCAAAAUAGAAGUUACUUAUUUGUGCAACCAUUUGGAUCCAAUUUGUUCCAACGAUUUGGAUUAUGUUUUCUGGGAUAGUUUUCAUCCUACUGAAAGCACUUACAAAAAACUUGUUGCUCCUAUUCUACAGAAAUACAUGCACAAGUUGCUGUGAACGAAUAAUUAUUUAGGUAUAAAAGCAUUAUAUGUUGUGUAAUAUUUAUAAAUUUAAAGAGUUAAAUAAGUUUUAUUAAUUGAUAAUAAUAGCUAAAUCUCUCUGUUGUACGGAUUAAGCGUAAGUAGCUAUCAAUCUUUUGUAAACUCUUGCUCAGACGAUUUUAUACAAUCUUGUUUUUAUAUAUAGAUAUAGAU